AGACACUCCAUCAAGCAGCCCAAGGCUCCAACAAUCGACAUAAAUUAUGAACGGAAUUGCCUUGAGGGGGCAAAAGACGCCGCGGCCUCAAGGGCUGGUCUGUCAAUUCUGCCAGUUUUCCAAGCCACCGACACCCCGUCGCACACCAUUCGCACGGCAGUAUGUCUCGACCGGCCCGCUACACCGGAAUGGGCAUUUGGGGCAAUUGCGCUCGAAGAAUGGGCUGGAAACACCGUCGAUCUCCUCACCAUUAGCAACUAGAAGAUUCGAGUCGAGCACGUCCCAACAGUCACCUCCCCUGGACCCCAAAGCAGCCCUGCAGGAGGUAGCGCACGAAGCCUCAAUAAUCCACAAUACCGAUUCGGUCCCCUCCGAUCCAUCUGUGGUGCAACUACUCGAGAAAUGUCAGGAAAUCGCAGAAGCCCUCGUGUCCAGAGAACAAGAUCACCAACGAGAGGCGUCCACCGCAUCCAGAGAAGAAGGAAAUGCGAUCUCGUCCCUGUUAGACCUGGAGGAGAGGAACGCAAAGAAGCGUCCGGUACCAGCCAGAAACACACACCCACAACUAGUCAACUCCGUGUCGCGAAUUGCCAAUGAUAUCGUGAAGGAUAAGAAGGUGUUCAUCUCCCCUAGCGUGCUGUCAUGUUAUACCAAGAUCCAGACCCUACUAAACAACGCCGAACACUUCCCCGAAAUCUUCCAUCUAUAUGCCCACAAGCCGGUCCCCGAGCAAAACUCAUCACCAGUGAAAUGCCACAAAGCAAAUCCUUCCAAUAUCAACUCCGCCGUCCCCUCCGAACUAGCCAACAUGGCUCUCGACGUCGCCAUCGAGCAACGGAACCUUUCCCUCGUCCUGGCCAUCAUCGAUAACACAUUCUGUACUAAGGCCUUCCACCGCUCCAAGGUCUUUCGCAAAGCUAGUGCUCCUUUACUAGGUAUGACCACCGCCCCGGUAGCCUGCUACAGUAUUGCAUCUUGGGCUUCUAGCCUGCAGAACACGAUGGAUUCUAGUACGGCAACGGGGAUUGCUUUCGCGGCUGGCCUUGCGUAUGUCGGGGGUGUGUCGUCGAUUGGUGUUUUGGCUAUCACUACGGCCAAUGAUCAGAUGGAACGGGUGACAUGGUUGCCUGGUAUUCCCUUACGGCAUCGUUGGCUUCGGGAGGAGGAGCGUGCUGCUAUGGAUAAGGUUGCGCUUGCUUGGGGUUUCAAGAGCAUUGAUUAUCGAGGUGAGGAAGAGGGUGAGGAGUGGGAGGCUUUGCGGGAGUUUAUUGGUAUGAGAGGGAUGAUUUUGGAUAGGACCGAUCUUAUGCCUGGGAUGCAGUAGCCAACCAUAACUAUACCAUUUAGCGACAUCUUUCAUGUACUUAUUGUUAGACAAUUUCUACGCAGAGAAAAACUCUUCUUCUACUUCAAAGCAACUACGAAAUGCAACAUAAUAAUAGGAACAAAAGUCGUGAGUUCAUAUUUCCGUAACAAAAAUGUCCUAUAUACUUCUCACACUUAUGCUCCUACCAAAUGACCCCAGCGUGACGCGUGACAAGACAGCGCAGAGACUCUAGUACAGACGCUUGGGGGGAGACAUGGAAGCCUUGAUGACAAGGCUGCCAACGUUCUGCC